AAAGUGUAGAUGAGGGUCGUUCAAGAAAGUCGUUGGCCAAGAAGGUGAACGACAAAUAUCAAAGGGCUUGUAAAGUUGCAAAGAAAUAUCCAUUAAAAUGUAUUGUUGACCAAUUUGAAAAUUCAACCUUUGACCUUACUGGGAAGAAAAUAGGCCAUGAACAUAUGAAACUUGCUGCCAUAGCGCUUUUAAGAAAUGAAUAUGUGAAUGCAUUGAAGUUGCGGGAUAAUAGUUUAGGAAACGAGGGAAUAUAUCAUGUAACAGAUAUGUUGACACAGAAUAUUUACAUCACACGACUUAACUUUGCAGAGAACAAUAUAGGCAUCCCCGGGUUAAAGGCAAUAGUACAGGCUGUUAUGGACAAUAUUCUCAUAGUAAGAUUAGAUGUCUCAGGAAAUGAAAUCACAGAUGAGGGUGCUAAGUGCCUUGCUGAAUUAAUAGAGGCAAGAACGGGCUUGUUACGGUUACGGGCAAACCAUAAUUGUAUCAGUGAAUCGGGCGCUGUGGCAAUAGGGAAUGCAUUAGCAAAUAAUGAAUCAAUAGAGAAACUGGAUCUUAGCUGGAACCACAUCAGGGGGAAAGGUGCAAUAUCAAUAGCUCAUAGUUUAAAGACGAACAAUAGUCUACUGUCAUUAAAUGUAGCUUGGAAUGGUUUUGGUAAAGAGGGGGCUAAAGCUUUAGGAGAAGCUCUCCCAGAGAACAAGAAACUGAGU